ACCGCGUCUUGUCUCCGUCUUCCUCGUCACCACUGCAUUAAGCCAUGUCUCCAUCUCGUCCCCCUCUCCACUUUUAUCUCGCUCCACAAUUCGUGCUGUAGAAACCCCCCAAUCGGUUCCUUCUCUUCUCCGCACUUCUUUGGAGUUGGAGUUAGGGUUAGGGUUACAGUUUCCUCCCCCCCCCCCCCCCCCGCCCAAAAAAAAAAAAUUGGAUUUUAUCCUUGGAUCCACAGAAGUGUUGCCAUUCUCGGGUUUCUACGCUCUUCUUCUCUGCUUGCUUCGAUAUCUAUUGGCAUUUAACGCGGUAUCGGAAUCGAAUGGCGUCGUCUGCCGUCCGGGAAGAGUUGGAUCUGGAAGGGUCGCCGCCGGGGCGCGGCGAUCGGGAGCCAGAGGAGGAGGCGGAGGGGAUCGAUCACUUCGACCGGUUGCCGGACGCGUUGCUCCUCGACGUCUUCAAUCGGAUCGGGGAUGUCAAGGCCCUCGGCCGGUGCUGUGUUGUCUGCCGCCGCUUCCAUUCUCUUGUCCCUCUCGUCGACUACGUCGUCGUCCACGUUGACUGCGUCAUCUCCGACGACCCUGGCCCAUCCUCCUCCUCCGCCCCCGGAUGCGGCGGCGGAGGCGCCGGCCCGGAUAAGGGCCGUGGCGUCUUCUCUCAUCUUGCCCGCCUCGUCUUUGGCAGCCUUGUCAAGCCCCUCCAGGCUCUCGGCCAAAUCCUCUCCCCCGCCGCCUCCGCCACUUCCCGGAGAUCCUCGGGCUCCUCUUUGUCGUCUUCUUCGUCUUCCUCCUCCUCUGAGGUCUCCCACCACUCCCCGACCGAGGUCCUGAAGAACUUCAAGGAGAUCCGCCGCCUACGGAUAGAGCUCCCCGCCGGCGAGCUCCGUGUCGAAGACGGCAUCUUCCUCAAGUGGAAGGCCGACUUCGGCUCCACCCUCGACACCUGUGUCAUCCUCGGCGCCGCCUCUGUCCUCUCCUCGUCGUCCUCCCCCCUCUCCCCGAAAUCUUCCAACCCUGACCCUAACCCUAGCUUCCAGGAUGCCUGCGGCGGAGAUGACAGCGGGACCAUCCCGGAGUCCUUCUACACCAAUGGAAGCUUGAAGCUUAGGGUGGUGUGGACAAUCAGCUCCCUCAUCGCCGCCUCCGCCCGCCAUUAUCUCCUGCAGCAGAUCAUCGCCGACCACGAGACGCUGGAGAGCUUGGAUCUCACAGACGCUGAUGGACAGGGGGUGCUAACCAUGAACAAGGGGCAGCUGCGGGAUCUGCGGGUGAAGCCGGUCUCACCGUCGGGGACGUUGCAGCGGACGCUCGUGCCGGCCCUCAGCAUGCGGCUCUGGUACGCCCCCCACCUGGAACUGCCCGGUGGGGUGGUCCUCGAGGGAGCAACACUGGUGGCCAUUCGGCCGAGCGAGACACCAGGUGACGGUGGUGGUGGUGGUGGUGGUGGUAUUGGGUCCUCUGAUGGAUGCUGGGUCUCGAAUGCCUUUGAAGAGCCAUACAGGACCGCGGCUAAGUUGCUCGUGAAGAGGAGAAAUUACUGCCUGGAGAUGAAUUCCUUCUGAUCUUGGAACAUGCCGCCCAGAAAAUCCAGCCCCCAAAGGGUUUUAGAUGUUCUAUGGAGAAGACAGAUGAAAGAUUCAAAUCUGUUUGUACCCAACGCUUCCACAGAGCGAUUACUCACAUCUUUCUGCUGCAAUGAUGAUGAGCUGCAACAUCACCUUCAUGAACUGACAUGUAGCAUGCUUUUGUUUUUUUGGGGCCCCAUCUUUAAGAAUAUAUAGGGGCAAUUAGAGCAGUCUCUAUUCCCACCCCCCACCGUUCCUUAAAAUGUCAAUAUGGUACCUUCUGGACAUGGUCUUUAGCGGACAUAUAUGUUGUAUUUGGUGCAUUAGCAUAAUUGCGCUGGUCAAUCUAUAUGGUUAUUCUGUGGUCGAACUUGUACCAAAUUAUAAUUUUUCAUAAAUUGUCUGUGUUGUUGUAUCCUCAUGUACAAGCAGUCUGAAUUUUUGGGUUGUCACCAGCGCACAGAACUAAUACAUGACCUAUAAAUUUGCAAGCUUGCUGAUCCUAGUUGUCUGUUC